UUGAAAUCGCUGGUCGUAUUUCAAGACACAACUGAUCUCAGUGGGAGGACAAUCGAGUGUUGGUUUUGGCCCGUGUGUGUUUCGUUACAAUUUCGGUUAACUUUACGAAGUACACCAACGGUACCAGCAAAAUCGCCAAGAGGAAAACGUUCCGGUACCCAACACGCCAGUGUGUAUUUGAUUGUCUUCAGACCACUUCGCUGUGAAUUCAAGAAAAAUGCUGAAUAUUCCAAAUGAGAAGGUGCGUGGACACCAGCGUGUACCAUCGGACACGAAAGAGUUCCACGAAGCGACGAAACGCGAUGCCCUGAUGCGCCUGAAGAAGGACCUGGACCAUCUGCUGGAGACGGUUGAGGAUUCGCGCAAAACGGGCGUACAGAAGGAAAUGUGCGGUUUCGAGGCAUUGUAUCAUCGGUUCCUGCAAGAGGAUGGACCGUCGGUUGAGUGGGAUCGUAUCGAGAAGUUGCCGGAGGGUGCCGUGAAGGACUAUUCGACACUGAAAUUGCCACAGGAAGCGCACAUCCGAGACAUGCUGGAUAAGCUGGUGGUGGUGAAGCUGAACGGUGGUCUCGGCACGUCAAUGGGUUGCCAUGGACCGAAGAGUGUGAUACCGGUACGCAAUGACUUAACCUUCCUCGACCUCACGGUGCAGCAGAUCGAGCAUUUGAACAAAAAAUACAACGCCAACGUGCCGCUGGUACUGAUGAACUCGUUCAACACGGACGUUGACACGGAGAAGGUCAUCCGCAAAUACAAAGGUUUCCAGGUGCAGAUCUACACAUUUAACCAAAGCUGCUAUCCACGCAUCAGUCGAGAUUCGCUGUUGCCAAUUGCGAAGGAUUUUGACAUCGAGAAUGAUAUCGAUGCAUGGUACCCACCAGGUCACGGCGAUUUCUACCAAUCGUUCCAAAACUCGGGACUGUUGAGAAAGUUCAUCGAGGAGGGUCGGGAGUACUGUUUCCUCUCCAACAUCGACAAUCUCGGUGCUACGGUCGACAUAAAGAUACUGAAUCGUCUAAUUGGUGACGACCAGCAGGGUGAUAAACCGAUCGAGUUUGUGAUGGAAGUGACGGAUAAGACCCGGGCCGACGUGAAAGGUGGUACGCUGAUUAACUACGAGAACAAACUGCGCCUGCUGGAAAUUGCUCAGGUGCCGAAAGAGCACGUCGAUGACUUCAAGUCGGUGAAGACGUUCAAGUUCUUCAACACCAACAACAUCUGGGCACGGCUCGAAUCGAUCGAGCGGGUGCUGAAUGCAAAGACGAUGAACAUGGAAAUUAUCGUCAACAACAAAACGCUGGACAAUGGUAUGCGCGUGAUCCAGCUCGAAACGGCCGUCGGCGCGGCCAUGAAGUGUUUCGAUGGUGGCAUCGGCAUUAAUGUGCCACGGUCGCGCUUCCUCCCGGUGAAGAAAACCUCCGACCUGCUGCUUGUAAUGUCCAACCUGUAUAGCUUGAAGUACGGUUCGCUGGUCAUGUCUCCGCAGCGCAUGUUCCCCACCACCCCGCUGGUGAAGUUAGGCGACAAUCAUUUCAGCAAGGUGAAGGAGUUCCUCAGUCGCUUUGCCAAUAUUCCCGAUUUGAUCGAGCUGGAUCAUUUGACCGUGUCGGGGGAUGUUACAUUUGGCCGAGGGGUUUCGUUGCGCGGCACGGUCAUCAUCAUAGCCAAUCAUGGCGAUCGUAUCGAUAUUCCUGCUGGUGCAAUCCUGGAGAACAAGAUCGUUUCCGGCAAUAUGCGCAUUCUGGACCACUAGAAAGGGAUUCACUCGUAAGGGGGAGAUGAGAAGACCGAAUGCGAAUCAACAGUUGGGCCAGUGUAGGAUGAUACUCAGGAGCAAUAAGCGCAAAGUGUGCGAAGCAUGCGAAACCUAUAAUUUUAAAAAGAAGGGAUUGCGGUAGUUGGUAGUUUUGGAAGAAAGCAAUACACAAACAAUACGGAACAAAACAUUGAGUCAAAAGACGGAUACGAAGCUCUCAUGUUUGAUUGUUUCUCUAAAAAACCUGCAGCACAAUAUAACUAAUGUAAGGACCGGAAUGAAUGAAUGGCAAUGUAAGUUUUUGGUUGAGUUAUUGUUGCAUAAAAAAGACGUUAAAACAGCG